AUGAGUGCUAGUGGAAUGCUGUACGGAGGCGAUGAGAUCGGAGCGCUGGUUUUCGAUCCCGGCCACCACACGUUGCGUGUGGGGUACGCACAAGAGGAAACACCGAAAGCCGACAUACCCUCCGUUGUUGGCGUUGGUCCGGCCGAUCCGGUCAUGAACUCCGAUCUGGAGACAAAAGCAGACAACAACAUAGGAAGCACGAAUAAGUACUAUGUGGACACGACGUAUGUCAACGGUGCCAGACCGAACAUGGAAAUUCAAUCCUACAUGAAGGAUGGAAUGAUUGAAAACUGGGAUCUCUUUGAAAAAGUUGUGGAUUUCGUAUACGCCAAGGUUGUGCAGUCAGACUCGAUGUACCAUCCGGUACUGUUUUCGGAAGCGGCAUGGAACGUCCGCAAUAAUCGGGAACGUUUGACGGAGCUCAUGUUCGAAAAGUAUAACGUUCCUGCAUUCUUUCUCGUGAAAAAUGCGGUACUCGCCGCAUUUGCCAACGGUCGUGCCACUGCAUUGGUGGUCGAUAGCGGUGCAACGCAUACCUCAGCAGUCCCAGUUCAUGAAGGAUACGUACUCAGUCAGGCGGUCGUAAAAUCACCCCUUGGUGGAGAUUAUCUCUCAUUGCAGUGCCGGCACUAUCUUGAAAGUCAAAACAUUGACCUCACACCCACGUAUGCCAUCGCAUCAAAGGAUGUGAUAAAGGAACGCGAUACACCGCGCUUCACGCAGAAGGAACUGCCGGAAAAACUAACCGCCUCGUGGCACCAGUACAUGCUAAAAGGGCUGCUGCAGGAUUUUCAAAUGUCGGUCGUGCAGGUGCUGGAAACACCGUACGAUGAGCGGACGGCCGCCGCCAUCCCGGCCGUACACUACGAGUUCCCGAACGGCUACCACCAGGACUUUGGCCCUGAGCGUUUCAAGCUAGCCGAAAACCUGUUCGAUCACAAUAUGCUCGGUGCGGGUCAGUUGGCAUCGGCGAGCGUUGGAAUGUGCGACGCAGACGUACGCCUGUCGCUCUACGGAUCUGUGGUGGUAACGGGCGGGAAUUCACUACUGCCCGGGUUUGCGGAACGUCUUAACCGCGAUCUACAGCACAGGGCACCGUCGAACACACGUUUGAAGAUGAUUUCCGCCAAUGGUUCGGUCGAGCGAAGGUUCGGUGCCUGGAUUGGGGGCUCGAUUCUUGGGAGUAUCGGCACAUUCCAGCAGAUGUGGAUAUCGUCGCAAGAGUACGAAGAAUCGGGCAAAAGCCAAGUCGAACGAAAGUGUCCGUAGAGCGCCACAUCGCGCCUCUCGGUGUGGAAUUGUGUGUUUAGGGUUCUUAGUAUGUAUUUUUUUUUUACUUCAUUUCAAUUGUGUAAUAUUCUAUUUUCAAUUAUCGAUGUGACAAAGUGUAAGCUGCAGGGGAAAUAAUAACAUCUGCUUGCAAUGUGGAGCA